UCUGAGUGUUCCAUGAUUGCAUUUAUGUUGGGCGGUAUCGUUAUUAAUUGAAGUUGGUGGGGUGAAUUUGUUAGUUAGCUGUUAAGUGGUGGCCGCAGGUGAGAAGACGAUGGCCGGCAGAGGAUUGUGGCUGCUUGUAGCCGUGGUCUGCGUGGAGUUCACAUCUGCACUCAUUCAGUCACCGCCCAGGAUCGUCAAACAGCCACCCACAGACGAGUUGUUGUUCCAAGUGGCGACACAACAGAACGAAAACGAUAAACCGUUCAUCAUAGAGUGUGAGGCAGAAGGCGAACCUGCACCCAAGUAUCGAUGGAUAAAGAACGGCAAGAACUUUGACUGGCAGGCUUACGACGACAGGAUAUCACAACAACCUGGCAGAGGAACACUGGUCAUCACGUCACCUCGAGAUGAAGACUUGGGUCAAUACCAAUGUUUUGCGUACAACGAGUGGGGGACGGCCACUUCGAACUCAGUGUUUGUGCGUAAAGCCGAGCUGAACUCCUUCAAAGAUGAGGCUCCUCAGACAUUGACUGCAGAGGAGGGGAAUCCCUUCAAGCUGACCUGUCAACCUCCUGACGGAUGGCCUAAGCCCAACGUCUACUGGCUCAUACAGAACUCUGACGGAGGUAUCAAGAGUAUCAACAACUCAAGAAUGACUCUGGACCCAGAGGGUAACCUUUGGUUUUCCAACGUGACAAGACAAGACGCCAGUGAUGACUAUCACUACGCCUGCGCUGCCACUUCUGUGUUUAGGAAUGAGUACAAACUGGGUAACCGAGUGUUGUUGAACGUGGUGGCCACGGGGAUCUCUGCUGCUCAGAAUAGACACGAGCCCGUGCAGCAGUACGUGACCAGGAAGAACGAAGUUGCGUUGAGAGGGAAGAAAGUGGAGAUAUACUGCAUAUUCGGUGGAACGCCAUUACCGCAGACGGUGUGGAGUAAAGAUGGUCGACCGAUACAGUCGUCGGACAGAGUCACGCAGGGCAACUACGGCAAGAGUCUGAUCAUAAAACACGUCAACUUCGAGGACGAGGGGGCGUACACUUGUGAGGUGACCAAUGGAGUGGGAGAGGGCAAGACUUACUCCAUCAACCUACAAGUCAUGGCUGUACCGUAUUUCACGGAAGAACCGGAGAUCAAAAACGAAGCGGAAGACGAGAUGGUGGAGUUCCGCUGUGCUGCGUCAGGAGUGCCGGAACCACAGAUUAAGUGGAUCCACAACGGUCUGCCGAUAGAGCAAUCCCCAACCAACUCUCGGCGCAAGGUGACUCCCAACUCCAUAGUGAUAGAGAAGUUGCAGAAGACAGACACUGGAAACUACGGCUGCAACGCUACCAACAGUCUCGGAUAUGUCUACAAAGAUGUUUAUCUCAACGUGCUCAUGCUAGCACCGGAGAUCACAGAACCACCCCAGGACUUGUCCACUGUGGAUGGCCUCACUAUUACUCUCAAGUGUCGAGUGUUUGGAGCCCCCAAACCGCAGGUCAAGUGGGUUAGGAACUCUCUUGAACUGACCGGAGGACGUUACAACAUCUUGGAGAGUGGCGACCUUGAGAUCAGAGAUGUAAGUUUCUUGGAUGUUGGUCAUUACACAUGUUACGCAUCCAACAAGCUGGGAAGUGCUGAGGCUUCUGGUACACUUACUGUCAAAGAACACACGAGGAUCACGGACGAACCAGAAGACUACGAGGUCCCUGCAGGUUCUACGGCUACGUUCCGUUGUAACGCAGUGUCUGAUCCAUCGUUGCAUCUGAGCAUCGACUGGCUCAACAAUGGAGAACUCAUAGACUUUGACAGCGAGCCCCGAUUUGUCAGGUCUAACGACUACUCCCUCACCAUCACAAAGACAACUGAACUUGACUCUGGCACUUACACUUGUGUGGCAUCCACAGAACUGGAUAAGGCUACUGCUCAGGCCACACUUACAGUACAAGAUGUUCCGAAUGCGCCACGCCUAACCAAGUUGGAUUGUAAGAAGCGUGAGGCUUCAUUGUCGUGGAUCCCAAUGGGAGACAACCGUGCACCCAUCCUGCGUUUCACCAUUCAGUACAACACCACCUUCACACCAGAUGUAUGGGAAGUUGCAUUCGACUCCGUACCUGCCACCGAUCUCACAUACACUGUGGCAAUGAGUCCGUGGGCUAACUACACUUUCCGAGUGUUGGCCAUCAACAAGAUCGGUCCGUCAGCUCCAUCUGGUCACAGUAAGGUGUGUACGACGCAGCCUGACGUACCUUACAAGAACCCCGACAACGUAGAGGGCAAAGGCACCGACCCUAGUAACAUGGUCAUCAGUUGGACACCGAUGCCAGAGAUUGAACACAACGCGCCGAGAUUCCACUACCGAGUAUUCUGGCGCAGAGACAUUCCCGGGGAGCAGUGGACGUCUGAGGACAUCACGGACUGGCGCAAGUCUGAACUGGUGAUCAACAAUCAGCCGACCUUCCAGCCGUACAAGAUCAAGGUGAUCGCCAUCAACGAGAAGGGAGAGAGCAACGUUGCGGCUACGGAGGUGCUCGGCUACUCUGGCGAAGACGUCCCGACGCAGGCACCCAGCAACUUUACCCUGGUGAAAGUGACGUCAUCCACCAGCGCAUUGCUCAGUUGGAACCGUGUGCCUAUUGAGACUGUCCGUGGAGACUUCAAGGGCUACAAGGUCCAGACUUGGACGGAUCGUGAGGGAGAGGCUAGCAUGAGGGAGAUCCAUGUGAAGGGGGACGCAACAAGAGCCUUGGUCAACAGGUUUGUGCCUCACACCAAGAACUACGCCCGGGUGUUGGUCUACAACUCUCGCUACAACGGUCCUCCCAGCGAAACACUCAGCUUUGACACACCCGAAGGAGUGCCAGGCACAGUGCAGUCAUUGGAGGCGGUGCCGAUGGGCUCGUCUGCGCUGUACCUGGUGUGGAAGAAGCCUGAGCAGGAGAAUGGAGUGUUGACUGGCUACAAGGUGUACUACCAAACAGUCAAGGGUACAAGGGUGGGACCAUUGAUGGAGCGUGAGCCGCACAUCACGGACCCUAACGCUACUAGGGCCAAGCUGGCCGGACUAGAGCCGGGCACCAAGUAUAGGAUACACAUUAAGGCAACAACCAAUGCUGGCGAGGGAGAGGACUACUUCAUAGAGCAGCGGACGCGAGGUUCACAGUCAGCACCGCCAGACACACCUAUGUUCCGACUAGAGCAGGAGGCCUAUCAGAACAACAAUGGCUACGGCCAUGUAAAGGUUACCUGGAUGCCUAACUUGGAGGGCAAACCUGGAUCACACUUCUACGUCAAGUACAAGACCAAGGAAGACUCUCAGUGGACGAUAUCUGACAACGAGAUGGACGAAGACUACCUGGUAAUGCGGCCACUCUCCCCAGGUCAGACAUACGAGUUCCAACUAGUGGCUGUGGACGGAGACUACACCAAGGAGAGUGACGUUCAGGAGCUGGAGAUCGUCGAAACUGACGGUGAACUGCCUGCUACAGGCCCAGUGAUCAAGCGCAGGGAAGACGUAGCCACUGCCGGAUGGUUCAUCGGCAUGAUGUUGGCCAUUGCCUUCCUCCUAUUGGUCCUCAUAUUGGUGUGCAUAGUCAAGCGUAACCGGGGAGGCAAGUAUGCGGUGCACGAACGUGAAGCUGCCCACGGACGUCAUGACUACCCGGACGAAACCAGCUUCCCCGAGUACAGCCAACCGUUGGACUCCAAGUCACAUGGGCGAGGCUCUAUGAGUAGUGAUCCCAAGGCUGCGCCGGAGAGUGACACAGAUUCUAUGGCCGAGUAUGGGGAAGGUGACACAGAAGGAAUGAACGAAGAUGGUUCAUUUAUUGGGCUUUACGGCAAACAGAAAAAACAAGGAGAAACAUCGUCUGGUGGAUUCGCAACAUUAGUAUAAAAAGGGCGGUUUACAGAAGACGGGUCUUUCAUCGGCCAGUACGGGCCCGGCAAUCCGAAGAAGAAAGAAGAGCCUCCGUCCACCACAAUGUCUGCCAUCGCAACUUACGUUUAGUCGUCCUAACAUAACCUAACCACGGGGCUGUUGCUUGUGUCGUCUUAUCCUCGGUUGUGACGAAACUGAGUCAAGUUGUGCGAUGAAAGUAUCACUGGUCAACUUUUGAAGUAACUUAAUUCUAAAUUUUUGACACUACUGAUAUUUGUUGUGCUUUUGACGAUACGGAAACUAAAAAUGUUGAUUAGCCUUUGGACUACUGUUUAAUACUUAUGGUGUAAAUACCUGCCUAUAGUAAUCCUCGGUUGCUGUACUAGUUCCAUUCCUUAGGUUGAAACAUCAUCAGACCUACAAGGAGUAUAAAAUAAUCACUUCAUUUGAAGGUUGUCAAUAAAUUUCAAUAAGAAAACAAACACUAGAUAUUUCUUGUAGACCUGAUGAUGGUUCAACCUAAGGACUGGAACUAGUUGCCACUACAGCAACAAAGGAUUACUAUGGAGGCAUUUAAAAAAUUUCAGUAACAUUUUUGGGGAUGAAAACGUACUGUUUGUUUAGCAGUUACUUGUCAGAUUUUGAAAGAUUAACUAUGGACUUGUAAGGUUACAACGACUUGUAGUGUUUAUUAUCAUUUACCAACUUGACUCCGCAAAUAUUUUGUUGUAGGUAUUUAGUUUUAAUAGGUUUUAAACUAGAGUUAAUUAUAAUAUAUUCAAUAAAUUUGCAGCUAUUAUAAUUUAUUGUACAGUUAAUAUGUUUAAAAAAAGUAUUAUUGUUUGUGAAAAGUAUUUAAACUAUUGUCUACUUAUUUGUUAGGUGGUUUUUGAUAUUUGUAAAACGUUGAUGGAGAUGAAAUGCAACACAAGUGAUAGCUCUACAAUGUAGUCGUAGUGUAGGUUGUUCUUUGUUCUUUCAAUAUGCUCAUACGAAUCGGCACAAACCGGUCUUCGGUUGUAUAAAACCGUUUUCAACUGCCUUUUUUACGACACAUCUUCAUUUAAGUGGCACAAUGAUAAUCACAUGCAAUUGUAAUUAGUGUUUGUUUAUAGUUUUGUUAAAGCUGAAGGUGGGACAUGAAAGUAUGUGACGAUUUGUUGAAAUAUACUUUUGAAUUGUUCAAUAGUGUUUUGUAUUGUAGUGACAAGUGGUCAUGUGUACAAGGUCAUGGUAAUGUUAAUACAAGUAUUCAUACAAAUUGUGUUAAUUCGUACAACCCUUUCUAAAAUUGAAGAAAAGUUGAAUUAAAAUUGUUGAAUCUUUAGAUUAGACGACACAUCUUUCAAUCUCCCAUCUUCACUUGUGUUUUUAACUCAUGACAGCGAUGUAUUUACGUCGGACAUAACCCCUCAUUUGUAUCCAUGUUUUGCUCUGUUUUGUGUAAACUACUGUGAUGUUACGAGUGGCAGCUUUUGUCGGGUUGUAAAGUGUAUUCAGUGUUUAGACGGACUUGGGAAACUCAUUCGACCAAUUACGAAAAGGACGAUUUGGUGCUUUCAUGAAAUUUCAAUAACCCCUCAAUGUGAAAUGCCGAAGAACAAUUUUGUGUAACCUGCUUGCCCUCGCUCUGGCUGGUGUGUGCGUGUCUGCGAGUGAAUGUGUUUAAGGAUACGUGAAUACUGCUAUUCGCUUGUUUUGUAUACUUUAGCAACAGUCUUGUUAUAUUUGUUUCCCUUCUCGUGUUAUUCGGGCAUGGUUGUACAAUUUAAUCGUUUUACAAGUCAAAAAAGUUAAAAAAACUUCAAUCUUUACUGUGGGACCAAUUUAUUGGUAGUCCAAAUUAGAUUCUGGGGGAUCAAGUUAGUUUGUGUUGCAAGGAUCGAUAAAGAUAUUUAAUUUAAAAGACUGUAAAAAAUAAGUUGAUCUACUUAGUUUUGUUUGUCCAAUAAUUUUCUUAGUUUAGUUUAAAAUGGUUUGGUUCCUGUAAAUUAGUCCGUGUAUCAUUGUCGAGUGUUCAAAGUGUGUUCUUUUGUCUUUUUUUGUGAUAGUUUGAUAGUUUUAAUCCAGGCAGGCCAGGCCCGUGCCGAGACUUAAGCUUUAAGCGGCUGUUUUGUUGUCACAAAUUGUAUGACCACGCCUCCCUCCCUGUCUGUUAAUACCCCUGUUUGUCUAUAGUAUUACAUCUUUAUUUAUUAUUAUUAGGGUUUAUCGAUAUUUAUAUUUAAAGCUUUUUAUAUGACAUUUAAUGUAUAUUUCCAUGUUGAUCUUAUAGCACAAGUGCCUUAGGUAAGGCAUAGAUGUACGUGUGUGGCUUUUUGUCGUAAAACUGCACAACUUCUGUUUCCUGCACAAUUUGGUUUUGCAUCGCGUUUUAUAAAUUUUAGCGACUACUUUCUAAGAAAGUGUAAAUAGGAUGAGGAUGGUCUGCAUCUGCUUUUUUACUUAACGCUCGUGUAUCGUUUGUGUACAUGACAGAGUAUUUUUUCAAUCGCGUCGUAGUAGACUCGGGGUGUGGCUGACUUAUACAUUCCACAUCAGUGUUUAGUUUAGAUUAUUUGUAUUUUAUUUUUAUCAGAAAUCUAUUUUUUACUGAAUUUUUAGAUUUUUCUUAUGUAAUGUUAGGCGAUUUUUUAUUUGGUUGAUAAAAGUUAUAGGUUUGUUUGUACAUUUCAUAUGGUUUACCAUAGCCAAAGUCAAAAUAAAUAAUCACAAAGAGCUAAA